CCUGGGUGUUCCUUCGAUUCCUCGACUCGUCGGGAUGCGCUCGGGUGCGCCAUACGCGCGCGGAGAGUCAUCAGACAAUGUCGGCUCAGACAGAGAAGGUUUGGCUCAUCACGGGGGCGAACUCGGGCAUCGGAUGUGCCCUUGCUCACUAUGCGCUUUCUCAGGGGGACAAGGUCAUUGCGACGGUCAGGUCGCUGUCCAAGUUCCCGGAGAGCCUUAAGAAAGCAGGAGGACAGCCACUUAUUCUCGAUCUGAGUGCCUCUGACGCGGACAUACGCAAAGCCGGCGACGAGGCACUCAAGAUCUACGGGCAGGUCGAUGUUCUCGUCAAUAACGCUGGAUGGGGAGUCGUGGCCCCUGUAGAAGAACUGAAUAUGGACGAAGUACGCGCGAGCUUCCAGACCCUGGUCUUCGGCCCCGUCGCGCUCACCCAAGCGCUUCUGCCCCACUUCCGCGAGCGCAGAACCGGUCAGAUCCUGAACGUCAGUUCGAACGGGGGUUUCGCGGGGUAUGGAGGCUGGGGAGCGUACAGCGCAGCCAAGGCAGCGCUCGACCUCUUCUCGGACUGCCUCAGCCACGAGGUCGCGCCGUUCAACAUCCGCGUGCUGAUCCUCAUGCCGGGCUACUUCUCGACGAACUUCUUCCAGUACGCAGCGAGCGUCGACAAGCACAAGGACUCCACCGUCUACACGGAGCCUUCGCAGGGCUUCCGCACGCUCGAGGAGAUCCCCAAAUCGCAUGUCGCCGCAGGCCAGAUUGGCGACGUGGAGAAGCUGGCGGCGCGCGUGUACGAGGUCGUGCACGGCACCGGGAUGGCAAAGGGCCUCGUCGAGGGCCACGGCGGUAAGCGGGACUGGCUGCGCGUCCCGCUGGGAUCCGAUGUCGGCGAACGUAUGCUUUGGAAGAUCCAGACGCUCAAGGAGAAUGCGGAGGUCUUCGAGCCGAUUUGGAGGUCGACAGACGUAGAGCCGGAGAGGCUCAAGUACUUCCCUCGUGGCUGAUCCUCUCUUCAGUAUACUUGCAUGAAUAGGGCACCAGUCUCGGAUGUAUGUAAAACUAGUUAGGAUACGGGUCUCUCGGAAGAGGACGGAGCAGUGACUGUGCGACAGUGUAUGACCCGCGACACCUGUGUGUUAGAGAACCCUGAGCCUCA